UAAUCUGCAACUUCUUAUUAUUGUACUGGUGACAAUCAGUAGCCUGUAUCGAAACCAGAUUAUAUAUUUCAAAAAUCAUAUUGUAACUGAUGGCCAAAGUUACUCGUACAAUCAAGGCUUUCGCUGUUAUGGCAGUUGUGGCAUCCAUCGUACAAUCUGCAACUUCACCACCACCACCACCACCAUUAUUAUCUUUGUCUUCUAGGACAUGGAAAUAUGACGUGUUUCUUAGUUUUAGAGGACAAGACACUCGCAAGACUUUUUUAGACCAUCUCUACUCGGCUCUUGAACAGCAAACAGUGCGUGCUUACAAAGACGAUGAAACACUUCCCCGGGGUGACACCAUUGGUCCAUCUCUCUUAGAGGCUAUCCAAGAAUCGCAAAUUGCCCUCAUCGUGUUCUCCAAAAACUAUGCCGAGUCUUCUUGGUGUUUGGAUGAACUUGCAUACAUAAUGAAAUGCAAGGAGGAGAGAGGCCAAACUGUUAUCCCCAUAUUUUAUGACGUGACUCCCUCUGAUGUAAGAAAACAGAACGGGCAAUUUGGCAAAGCUUUUUCCAAACAUAAUAAGUCAGCUAAAUUUGAAACUUGGAGAAAAGCUCUCUCUGAUGCAAGCAACAUGGCUGGAUGGGAACCCAAGCAUAUAGCCAACGGGCAUGAAGCAGUUGGCAUCAAAGUAAUUGUCGAUGCCGUUGUAGAUAAAUUGUUAUAUCUUAAUUCAGAUGUUGAUGAAAACCUUGUUGGAAUGGGGCCUCGCUUUGAAUAUAUUGAAUCAAAAUUGCAAAUUGGGUCAUAUGGUGUGCGAAUGAUCGGGAUAUGGGGAGUUGGGGGUGGUGGUAAAACCACUCUUGCCUUUUUUGUCUAUAUGAAAAUCCGUGAUCGUUUUCAUGGUCACUGCUUUAUUGAGAAUAUUCGAAAAAAUUCAGAAAAAUAUGGCAUACAACAGCUACAGAAAAAAGUUCUAUCAGAUGUUUUGAAAAAAGAGGUAACGGUGGAGAGUGUUCUAGAAGGAAGACUCAAGAUUCAAGGCAUGUUAUCUCGUAGGAAGGUCUUGCUUGUUCUUGAUGAUGUUGAUGACCUUGAGCAAUUGGAGGCAUUGGCAGGAUCAAAUGAUUGGUUUGGUGGGGGGAGCAGAAUAAUAGUCACAACAAGAAAUGAGCAUUUACUUAUAGCUCACAGGGUAGACGAGGUCUGUCCUGUCAGUUUAUUAUCAGUUGACGAAUCUCUUCGACUCUUUGAAAGAUAUGCAUACCAGGAGAAUAACCCCGUAGAAGAUUAUGACAAACUUUCUUGUCAAGUGGCUUGUCAUUUUCAGGGGCUCCCGUUAGCACUUAAGAUUAUAGGUUCUUCUCUUUAUGGAAAAGACAAGAAUGAGUGGAUUAGUACCUUGGAUAAGUUAAGAGAAAUACCAAAUCCUAAGGUCAUAGAUCACCUUAAAGUAAGUUACGAUGGACUUGAGCAUGAUGAGAAACAAAUUUUCUUAAAUAUUGCAUUAUUCUUAAGAGGGUGCAACAAAGAAAACGCGAUGAGUAUACUUGAAGCGUGCGGAUUUCACUCUCACAUAGGGAUAAAGGUUUUGAUACAAAAGGCGUUAAUAAGUAUUUCUUCAGAGGGAUUUCUUGAUAUGCACGAUCUGGUUCAAGAAAUGGGACACCACAUUGUUAAAGGAGAACACCACAACAAUCCUGAAAAAGGUAACAGAGUUUGGCGAUCUCAAGUGAUUGAAGCCAUCCAAUAUCAAAAUGAAUUAUUGGAAUUCUGCAAACCUCCUGAUGCUUCAUAUUCAAUGCGAUACAUGCCUAACCAUAUUUCAAACAUUAAGCUAUUAAGAUUCCUGGAAGUGAUUAUUUGGCAUGUGCAUGCCAAUUGUCGUGGAGAGCUUAAUUUCAUUUCAAUGCUGCUUCCUGACUCUUUUCAUCCAGGGAGGCUACUUAUUCUACAUAUAGGCGCCACCUUGCAAAUAGAGCAUUGGAAGGGUGAUACGGAGCAGGAACCACGUUUGAAAGAGAUCCAUCCCUCAAAUUCCCCGUUAUUAGAGAAAUUCAACAAAGAUUUUACAGGAUCACUAAUAAAGAGACCUGGUUGUACUGGACUCCCAUAUCUUCAGUUAAUGGUAACCUCAUGCUUGACUAAUAGAGCCUAUGGCUCACAUACUGUGUACGUACGUUUAGGUUUUUGUAAAAUUUGGUGGGACUUAAUGAUCGACGAAAAGAUGUGUCAGGUGUGUCCAGGGCCGGGGCGAAUUUUUUGUACGGAUAUGACAAAAAUCAACUUAGAUGGUGUAAAUACGAAAUUUUGGUUAAAAGUUUGCAAAACUACAAAACCGGUGUCUAAGACACCGGUCUUAAUGAUUUUAGCCAAAGCCGGUGUCUAAAAGACCGGUCCUAUCAUACAUGACAACCUAAAGCUAGUGUCUUGGACACCGGUUUUCAUAUUUUAUGACAAAAAUGGCAACUUAGAGGCAGGUUUUCUGGAGUUUUUUCCUUUAGACAUCGGUUUUCGUAGUUUUGCAAACUUUGAACCAAAAUUUCGUAUUUGCACCAACUAACUUGAUUAUUGUCGUAUUCGUACAAAAAAAUUCAACAGGGGCGGAUGUGUUGUAUAUCUAGGGGGGGGGGGGGGGUAAUGCCCCCAAUGGGCUGUCCAAAGCUGCAUUUUUUGUUGUUGUAAAAUUUGGUGGGACUUAAGAAGAAAUGUUAUCUUGGUAAUUAUCGAUAUCUCAUGUAACUCAUUUUAAUAUUACUUAUAUAAAAUACAACUGCUCAGUAUUUUGGUAA